UGAUAGGGUACAUCUCGCCUCCAUCAUGCUCAUGUCUAAGCCAACGCCACUUCAAGCUUAGGGUUUCUACUUCUGCUUCUCGCUAUUUGCGAUGGGUGAACAGCUUGUCUAGUGUUAGUUUGCUAGUGUAAUGGAGAGCACGGCUAGUCAAGCUAUUGAUUUGGACGAAAAUGAAAGGUAUUUGCAAGUUGAAAGGUAUGAUGAGAAUAAGUUGGCUGAUGACAACAACCUUUCAAAAAAUAUUGUCUUAUGUACAGGUGAAGUUGACAAGAUCUUGGAGCAGUCUUUCCAAAGUUUACCCUCAGUAGGAGAUGAUGUAGAACCAUAUAUUGGUAUGGAGUUUAAGUCAAGAGAUGAUGCUAGAAAAUUUUAUGUUGCUUAUGGCAGACGCACAGGUUUUACUGUACGGAUCCAUCAUAAUCGUCGCUCACGCAUAAAUAAUAUGGUAAUUGGUCAAGAUUUCGUUUGUUCUAAAGAAGGUUUUCGUGAAAAGAAAUAUAUUUAUCGGAAAGACAGAGUUCUUCCUCCACCACCUAUAACUCGUGAAGGCUGUCAUGCAAUGUUAAGGCUAGCAUUAAGAGAGGGAGAUAAGUGGGUUGUCACCAAAUUUAUAAAAGAGCACAAUCAUGCACUGAUGUCUCCUAGUAAAGUACCAUUGCGAGGUUCUACAAAAAAUUUGAUUAGUGAGGAUGAGAAGGAGCAGAGAAUACAAGAAUUGACCAUAGAACUCAACAAUGAGAGACAAAGAUGUAAACGACGGUGUGCAGCAUACCAGGAGCAGUUAUGCAUGGUGUUGAAGUUUGUUGAGGAACAUACAGAUCACAUGUCUGACAGAGUUGAAGAUAUAUUGAAGAAGAUAAGAGAAGUUAAAGAAGAUCAACUGGAGGAUUCAGAUUGCCCAUAUGUGUAGAGCACUUGUUAGCUAAGAGAAGUAGAUACAUUUAUAUAAUUUUGUUGUCCAAAUUCUAGGUGGAUAGAUGAUUAGUUUACUUGAGGUGAGGAGUGUUAGGGGCCUCUCAUGCUUAUUUGUUUGAUUGCAUCAUAUAACAUUCCAUUUGCAAUAAAAAUGUUGUUUUGUCUGAA